AUGCAACUGUCAGAAACGGUUUCUAAUGUAAACUCUUGCAGGUCUUGGUGGAUCCCUAGCUGGCUGCCAUCAUGGUGCCCUACAUCUCAGUGCAAACUACAAGAGCUAGAGGAGCGGAUGCUUCAGCCCCUCAAAAGCAAUUUCUCCAAGCAGUUUGUGCACAUUUCCGGUGACAAUAAGCUGUGGACGUUGGUGUUUAAUGACAGUGCGGAGGGAAAGACGCCCCUGGUGCUGCUACACGGGUUCGGCGGUGGAGUGGGACUCUGGACUCUGAACAUGGACGCGUUGUCCCAGCAGAGACCCGUGUACGCCUUCGACCUGCUGGGCUUCGGCCAGAGCAGCCGACCUCAGUUCAGCACCGAUGCCGGAGAGGCCGAGACACAGUUUGUGGAGUCGAUAGAGUCGUGGAGGGAGAAACUCGGCCUGGAGAGCAUGAUCAUACUGGGCCACAACUUUGGAGGAUACUUAGCGACGGCGUAUUCACUCAAGUACCCCCCCAGAGUGAAACACCUCAUCCUGGUGGAGCCGUGGGGUUUUCCAGAGCGCCCAGAACCGAGUGAACAGGACCGACCCGUUCCUGUGUGGAUUAAAGCGCUGGGCGCAGCCCUCAGCCCCUUCAACCCUCUGGCUGGCCUUCGACUGGCAGGACCACUGGGUCCCGUUCUAGUACAGAUGCUAAGACCGGACUUCAAACAGAAAUUCGCUAGCGUGUUCAACGACAACACGGUCGCAGAGUACAUCUACCACCUCAACGUCCAGAGCCCAAGCGGUGAAACAGCCUUCAAAAACAUGACCGUACCGUACGGCUGGGCCAAACAGCCCAUGCUGCGGCGCGUCGGCCUGAUUCACGGCGACACCCCCAUUACGGUGAUCUAUGGCUCGCGCUCCAGCAUAGACGGCAACUCCGGCAAUUCAAUCAAAGAAAUGAGGCCAAACUCCCACGUGGAAAUCAUAAUCAUACGAGGGGCGGGGCACUAUGUGUACGCUGACCAGCCAGACGACUUCAACCACAAGGUUCUCCGGGUGUGUGAAUCAGUCAGCUAAAAGCUGCAGAGAGGGGAUGAUGGGGCCAUUUUUAAUUCCUUUUUUUUCCAGUCCACUCUUAGUGGAAAAAAAGAGUUUCAUUAAGUCUAACUACAGCUGUAUCCUGGUCAGGGUUGCAGUGGGUCUAAUUCAAAAGACUUAACAUUUGUGGUAUUUAGCAGCCGCUUUUAUCCAGAGCGCCCUACAGUACUGUGACCGUAUACAAUCUGAGCUCAGGGGCCCAACAGCAGCAACAUGGCAGAGGUGAGGCUUGAAGCAGCGACCUUCCCAUUACUAGUCCAGUACCUUAACCACUAGGCUACAACUGCACUAUUUAUUGUCUUUUUAACCACAGCUUUGUCCUGGUCAGGGUCGCAGUAGGUCUGAUUCACUCGCCAGUCCAUCACAGGGCAAACACACACACACACACACACACACACACUUACAAUUUCUAGUACCUCUAAUUAAUCUGACUGCACGUCUUUGUACUGUGAGAGGAAACCGGAGCACCUGGAGGAAACCCACACAGACACGGGGAGAACAUGUAAACUCACAGAAACACACAGAAAGGACAGUGCUUAAAUCACAUAUAUCUGACCCCCAUAGGACCCCACUGACCAAAUAUUAUUUGGGCAAUAGGGUCCUAGUGGAGUCACUUUCAACUGAUGAACGGUGUACAGAGCAACUAAUAACACGUCAGUUAUUGUAUACCCACAAAGUGCACCUAUAUGGUGUAGAUUAUAAAAGGAUUCAUAAACGUUCCCUGAGUACUGGAUGAGAUUUUACCUGACAAAGUGCUCGUGAGCGUUUAUUUAAUAGCGGUUAGCAGUGGGUGUGGCUGAAACACCCGUUUGUAGGGUGUCCAAAUACCUUUAGCCAUAUAUUGCCAUUAAUCUAUCAUUUAAGCUGUUUUAUAAAUCCCAUUCUGAAGCUACUUUAACAGUUUUUUUUGUCAUUGACCCAUAUUAAGUGUUAACAUAAUAAUAAAUACAUAUUAAACAUAAUGAUGCCAGUCUUAUUUAGUUUUAGUUUUUAAACCACUGAGAUGCUACAAUCCUGUGAAUUGAUGCUACAGACCUGUUGGAACCAUCACUGCUGUUUAACCCUUUAAUGGUCUGCUCAACCAUUUGAGUCUAAAUACUUGGGUAAAAAUAAGCUGUAUUUAAAUAAUCCUGUUUGGCUCGUUUCUACUGCUUGGUUGACGUGUGUUGAACUCGAAAAUAUUGGUAGACGCCGCUCAGGUGGCGCAGCGGUAAAAACACGAGCUGAAACCAGAGCUGGGAUCGUGUGUACAUCGUAUCGAGUCUCAGCUCUGCCUACUGGCAGGGUUGAGAAGCCACAUGAACAACGAUUGGCCUGUUGUUCAUAUUGGGGUGGGAUAUUAGGCCGGAUAGGGUCUCCUCGUAACUGAUGCAACUACGAUCUCUGCUGGCUGAUUGAUGGCGCCUGUACAGAGAUGAGGAAAGAGUGCUGAUCAGGGUGUGUCUCUCCGUACACAGUGCUGAUCCGCAUUGCACUCGUCAAGUGUAGGUGACAAAAUGCAUAUGGCUGCUGCCCACAUGUCGGGAGGGGGGGGGGGGGGCGUGGGUUAUACCAUAUAGAAGCACUUUGUAGUUCUACAAUUACUGACUGUAGUCCAUCUGUUUCUCUGCAUGCUUUGUUACCCCCCUUUCAUGCUGUUCUUCAAUGGUCAGGACCCCCACAGGACCACUACAGAGCAGGAAUUAUUUAGGUGGUGGAUGAUUCUCGGCACUGCAGUGACACUGACAUGGUGGUGGUGUGUUAGUGUGUGUUGUGCCGGUAUGAGUGGAUCAGACACAGCAGCGCUGCUGGAGUUUUUAAACACCUCACUGUCACUGCUGGACUGAGAAUAGUCCACCAACCAAAAAUAUCCAGCCAACAGCGCCCCGUGGGCAGCAUCCUGUGACCACUGAUGAAGGUCUAGACGAUGACCGACUCAAACAGCAGCAAUAGAUGAGCGAUCGUCUCUGACUUUACAUCUACAAGGUGGAUAAACUAGGUAGGAGUGUCUAAUAGAGUGGACAGUGAGUGGACACGGUAUUUAAAAACUCCAGCAGCGCUGCUGUAUCUGAUCCACUCAUACCUCGAGUGACAGAACUUCUCCCACUGUUAAUAAUCUUUUUUGUAGGAGCAGUUUGCACUUUAUGCUUGAAUGUUUGUGCAAUUUAAGUUUUUCACAUAAACCGAGUGCUGGAAUAACAAGGUUUUUUUUUUUGGUUUUUUUUUAUUUGUAAUUUAUAUUUGCUGUUAUGAUCUGUGUUUAUGUGCUCAGUCUGUGUCAGUGAGAGUGUUAUUACUGUAAAUUCCUAAUAAAUUCUUAUAUUUAACAUUAUAAUACGGUUUGUGUCUGAACUGUUAUGUAAUCAGCUAAUGAACAGUUUCCCUCAGGAUUAAGGUCUGUCUGUCUGUCUGUCUGUCUGUCUGUCUGUCUCUAUAUAUCUAUCUUUCUGCCUGUCUAUCUGUCUUUCUGUCUCUAUCUUUGUCUAUCUAUCUGUCUAUCUCUGUCUGUCUACCUAUCUCUAUCUGUCUGUCUCUCUAUUCGUCUGUCUAUCUGUCUUUCUGUAUAUGUAUGUGUCUGUCUGUCUAUCUAAAAUCUAUCAUUUGUGGUGUAUCUAUCUGUCUAUCUAUCUAGCAAACAGAUUUCACAGCUCCAAUGUUUUUAUAAGUAUAAAUAUCUGAAUAUACACAUGAGGCAUGUAUCAUUGCCUCGCAGCAAGAUGGUCCUAGGUUUAAUUCCCAGGUGGAGCGGUCCGGGUCCUUUCUGUGUGGAGUUUGCAUGUUCUCCCCGUGUGGGUUUCUUCUGGAAGAUCCGGUUUUCCUUUCAGUCAGGUAAACUGGAGAUACAGAAUUGUCCAUGACUGUGUUUCAUUUUGAACUUGAAGUGAUGAAUCUUGUGUAAUGAGUAACUACCGUUCCUGGCAUGAAUGUAACCAAAGUGUAAAACAUGACAUUAAAAUCCUAAUUAAA